CAUACCUUUCGUAGCGUUGAAUCUGUCGUGACUCUAUUCCGUCUGCGAUAUCGAUAUUCGACCUCUGCUCUAUACCAUUCGUCACUCCGCGUGGAUAUCCAAGAUGUCUGUCCAGCAACCUCCCUGGGCGAUCCCGGAGCCUAUACAAAAAGAGCCGGUAUUGAAAGUAUACAACUCUCUAACGAAAUCGAAAGAAGUAUUUGUUCCAAAAAAUGGACGCCUGGUCAAAUGGUACAACUGUGGUCCUACCGUCUACGAUGCGUCGCACAUGGGCCAUGCUCGGAACUACGUGACGCAGGAUGUUCUCCGCAGGAUUAUGUCUGACUACUUUGGAUAUGACAUACAUUUUGUCAUGAACAUCACUGACAUCGAUGACAAGAUUAUCAAACGUGCACGUCAAAACCACCUCCUCGACAAAUUCCGCGCAGAGACCACUAGCGUGUCGUCCGACCUAAUUGAUCGGAUACGCGUCGCAUGGCGCACCUACGUACGCGAAAAAGUAGGCAAAGGUCUACCCGAUACCGAGGCGCUCUCUCCGGGUGAGGAAGACACCAAGUGGCCCAAAAUCGGAGUCCUGGCCCAGAACGCGCAGUGGAAGCAAGAGUGUCUGCGACGGGACGAAAAGUUUGACAUGUAUCUCUCCUCCGCGAGUCGUACUUUCGCCGCCGUGGAAACUGCCCAAAGGCAGUUAGAUGCUGGGAAUACGAGCGCCGAGGCUGCACAGAGGUUGAUUGAUGAUUCGCAGGACGUGCUCGCCGAAGCGUUGGAUACUCAAUUUGGUUCUACUGUAACCGAUCCCGCUGUAUCGCGUUCAUUGGCUACAUACUGGGAAGGCCGGUUCUUCGACGAUAUGGCUCGUCUAAGAGUCCGUGACCCGGAUACAAUCACCCGAGUCACGGAGUACGUUCCCGAGAUCGUUCAAUUCGUUGAAAGAAUUGUAUCGAAUGGGUAUGGCUAUGUGGCGGAGGGAAGUGUCUACUUCGACACCCAGGCCUUUGACAGUGCAGACAACCAUGCGUAUGCCAAGCUAGAGCCGUGGAGUAAAGGAAACCGGGAAUUACUCGAAGAUGGCGAAGGAGGCUUGUCGUCGAAGAAUAGGGUUGGACGUCGUUCGGCCUCUGACUUUGCUCUGUGGAAGGCUUCGAAAGAGGGAGAGCCUUCUUGGCCUUCAAAAUGGGGUCCCGGGCGCCCGGGAUGGCAUAUCGAAUGCUCUGUGAUGGCCAGCGAGAUUCUUGGGGACAAUAUGGAUAUCCACUCGGGCGGGAUUGAUCUUGCCUUCCCUCAUCACGAUAAUGAAAUCGCUCAAUCAGAGGCGUACCACGAGUGCGGUGCAUGGGUGAACUACUUCCUUCACACGGGCCAUCUACAUAUCGAAGGACUUAAAAUGAGCAAAUCGCUCAAAAACUUUAUUACUAUCGAUGAAAUUCUACAAAGACAUUCAGCUCGCCAACUGAGACUGGCAUUCUUGACUCAACUCUGGAACGCCAAAGUCGACUUUUCAGAAUCUUUAAUGACAGGAGAAGUAAGAAACAUUGAGACUACCCUGAAUAAUUUCUUCGUCACCGUCAAGGCCCUCGUGAGCCAGGCCCGGGCUAAUGGACCAUCAUCGGAUGGUAGCCACCAUUACGACGCUCCUGAAAAGGAAUUGACGUCAAGCUUCUACGAGCAUCGAUCUGCUUUUCGGACCGCUCUUUGCGACUCAUUUAACACGCCCGUAGCCAUAGACGUUCUUCGUGAUCUCGUUUCUCAGACGAACGUCUACAUAAAUUCGAGAGGGAAGAAUCUGAAUGUCAGCGUCGUGGAAAAUGUGGCCAUUUGGGUAGGUAAGAUGUUACGGAUGUUCGGACUCGGAGAGGGCGAAAACACGGAGCUAGGCUGGGGCCAGGAUGCUGUGGAAGGGAACGUAAACCGGGAAGAGGUCCUGAUGCCCUAUCUCCGGACUCUGUCGUCCUUCCGUGAUGGUGUUCGUCAGCUUGCCAUGCAGAAAAGCGAGACGGCCCUGAAGGAUAUAUUGGCCCUUUGCGACAAAUUACGAGACAUAGAUCUCGUUCCCUUGGGAGUUGCCUUGGAUGAUCAAGAGGAUGGGAAAGCUCUAGUCAAACUGGUUCCGCCGACGGACUUAAUUAAGGCCAGGGACGAGAAGCGCGCGGCACAAGAGGCCAAAGCUGCGAAGAAAGCAGAAGCCGUGGCAGCGGAACGACAGAAACGACUACAGAAGUUAGAGAGGGGUCGUGUGGCUCCUGAGCACAUGUUUAGACCUCCGAAUGUGGCGGAAGGGGCAUAUGGUUCUUGGAAUGACGAUGGGAUACCACUUACGGACGGUGAGGGUAAGGAGCUUAGCAAGAAUCAGGCAAAGAAAGUCCAAAAGGAUUGGAGCGCUCAGAAGAAACUCCAUGAGGAAUUUCUAGCGUGGCAGAAAGACGCGGCCGCUUCAUAGGCCUGCCGACGUCCGGAUG